UCGCGUUUUCAUCGUACGAGGUGUUCGUGGUCAAUCUAGAGUCGGAUAAUGUCAAGCUUGUCGAUGCGAGCCGGGUAAAUAAAAGAGCAAGGUACAUAGUACAAACUCUUUGUCAUGCCGCUUUUUUUCGGCACGAUGAGUAACGUGCAGUUGCGCAAUACUUUUUCACGAUAGAGAGUCGUGUCUCGUUCUAUCGUCGCGAAACAUCGUUACUCUCGCAAUAUCAAUCAGCACCAUGGCAUGGCUCGGUACAAUCGCGAACAAUGUGUUGCGAAAUAUCGUCUUCUCGGAUGUGCCGCCGAAUGUCGUUCAGGAAGUUCGACCGGAACAAUACACUAAUCGACGUAUACAUUCUCGCGAGGAUGGCAUCGUUCUCUACGGGCCUGGCGAAAUUAAAAAUCAAGACAAAUAUGAGAUUGUGUUACACAGACCCUGCACGGAGACCUUACACCAGGCGUACAGUUUGUUCCGUUCGGAAACUUUGGAAGGAGCAGAAGCACGAUUCUUAAUAUACAAAGACAAAGUUCCUGUACUUGUACAAAUAGUACGCGAGAUGUGCAAUGUUGGAAAAAUUCAAAAGCUUUGUGACACUUUGGUGGAACAUCCGACUUGGACUCUGGCGCAUCUAGCGGCCUACUUCGCGCUUCACGAUGCUUUUAUGCAUGCCAUUGUCAAUAGUCAACUCAACAGCGGUGAUUUGGAGACUGGAAUUUCGCCCUUACAAGUCGCCGUGCAAACCAACAACUUGCGCACCGUCGAGAUGCUAAUAGCGGCGAAAAGCUCGCUAGAGCAUCUAGAUCACAAUGCGAAUACGGUCUACCAUUACGCUGCUACGUCCACUAAAGAGAUCAUUCUCGCUCUGGGUUCGGGUCUUCCAAAUAGUCUAAAUAGUCGUAACAGCAACGGUCAUACUCCCAUCCAUGUCGCGUGUCAGAAUGAUAAGCCUGAAUGUGUCAAAGCACUUUUAUUAAUCGGCGCCGACGUGAAUAUACCUGCUACUGAAGGUCAGCCUUCCAGUCCCGGUUACGUCGGUGAUUUUUUGCACAACAAGCCGAAUGUGCUCCACGCAGAGGACAUGAAGUUUGGUGGCACGCCAUUACAUUGGUCGCGCAGCCGGGAAGUAAUCACGGCGUUGAUCGAGACCAACUGCGACAUCGAUGCACUCAACUUUGAAGGGCGCACUGCGUUACACGUGAUGGUGAUGCGCAAACGAUUGCCUUGCGUGGUCGCCUUGUUGAGCCAUAUGGCGUCCGUUAACAUUGUCGACAACGAUGGUAACACACCGUUACAUCUUGCCGUCGAGGCGGAAACUCCGGCUAUUGUACAGACGCUCAUUGGUUUUGGCGCUGAUAUCGACGCGCGGAAUUGGAAGUCGGAAACACCCAGGCACAAAGCAAACGUCGAUACUACUGAGGGCAAUAAAAUAAUCUAUCUACUGCACGCGGUGGGCGCAGAAAGAUGCCCGCAGGAGAUGACAGGCUGCCAUCUCGGUUGCAAACACGACGAAAAUUAUACUGGCGUCGCACCAUCGGAACCGCCGCACUAUGUACCGCGCACAAUUCUGGAUCAGAUGCUUCAUGUAUCGAGCAUGGAAAAGAUGGCCGAGCAUGGACGCGAUAAGCGAAUCAAAGGCGGCAGGCUGCUCUGUCUCGACGGCGGUGGUAUUCGUGGACUGGUUCUCAUACAGACGCUGCUGGAGAUCGAAUCAGUGCUUCACAAACCGGUAAUACAUUGCUUCGACUGGAUCGCUGGCACUUCCACUGGUGGUAUUCUAGCGCUCGGCCUCGCCGCGGGCAAAUCCUUACGGGAAUGCCAAGCACUCUACUUCCGUAUCAAGGAAGAUGCCUUCGUAGGCUCGCGACCCUACAAUAGCGAAGGCCUUGAGAGGGUGCUGAAAGAGUGCCUUGGUACAUAUACAGUUAUGGCAGACAUUAAGAAACCAAAGAUAAUGAUCACGGGCGUGCUAGCCGAUCGGAAACCUGUGGAUCUUCAUUUAUUCCGUAACUACGAGUCGCCCAGUGCCUUGUUGAAAGUGCCAGAGAAUAUGAUGUUUAAAUCGACGUUGCCUCCGCGGGAACAACUUCUUUGGAAGGCGGCGAGAGCGACCGGCGCGGCGCCGUCAUAUUUUCGUGCGUUCGGUCGAUUUCUGGACGGCGGUUUGAUCGCUAAUAAUCCCACUUUGGACGCCAUGACGGAGAUUCAUGAAUACAAUCUGGCACUGAAGGCCAUCGAUCGCGGGAAAGAGGCGAAACCACUGUCGUUGGUGGUCUCCAUUGGCACAGGCCUUAUGCCGACUGCCGCUGCGCUGAACGAAAUCGAUGUUUUUCGACCUGAGAGUCUCUGGGAUACCGCCAAGCUUGCGUUUGGUAUCUCAGCGCUGGGAACGUUAUUGGUCGAUCAAGCGACGGCCAGUGAUGGCCGGGUAGUCGAUCGCGCUCGUACUUGGUGUUCUAUGAUCGGCGUACCAUAUUACAGAUUCAAUCCGCAAUUGACGGCGGAUGUCGCCAUGGACGAGAAGAGCGACGAGAUUCUGGCGCACAUGAUUUGGACCGCAAAGGCGUUUAUGUAUGCGAAUCGAGAUCAAGUAAAGGAACUGGCAGCUAUCAUCGAUCGCGAUAGCAAUUUGGACAAUGAUUAAAAAAUGCAUUAUCGCGCCUCGCAAUGGAACAGUACCUGGUUGCAGAAAUAGUCUCGAAGAAUAUAAAUGUGUUACAUAUUGAGUCGCAAAACAAGAAGAUAAUAGAUCUGAUUUAUUUGCAUUGUCACAGAGUUUACAAAGAAGAAUAAAUAAAAAAAGAAAUUACAAAGCAAUCGGAUAUAUAUCUUAUUUCAUAGAAUAAGUUUAUCAAUUUUGUCUCAUUAAGUACAACACAC